GACGCAAGCAAGGGACUCAGGAAAUGUUGCAAACUCGAUUCGAUUGUAGCGAUUUUCUACAGUAAAACAAACGUCAGUCGGUCGAUAGUCUACAGAAAAGUCAAUAUGUCGCGGUUACUAUACUCGCCAUUCAAGCGUUUUUGUGUGAAGUGUAAAGAUUGUCCUGCAGUGACUGCGCGCUGCUACAACUCUUUGUUGACUUCAACUCGCUUCUCCCAGCUGUCAAAACAACAGACCUUUGUAGUGUUACAACAGCAGCAGAGAAAAUGUUUCGGACCUUCACGUCUAAUAACAUCUCGGUUUUACUCAAGGUCAAGGUUUUGGAUUGGGGGAAUCGGUGCGGGCGUUGUUUUAGCUUUGGGAUUGAAAUAUCACACUGACAUAACUGAGCUCUCAUGUGAAGAGGACUUCCAACAGACUGGAAGAUAUGGUGCUGCCAUUCAAGUUAGUAGAGACCUUGUUCAGCGGAUAAAGGUACAGGUAUUUGACGUUUUUUGCAUUCAGAAUGUUUUUCUCCUGAAAUUAAAUGUUUAAUUUCAUAACAUUCAGUUGGCGCAUGCAGAUCAAAAUCACCAUGUCAGAACAUGUUCAUGCAUCAUCUGUCUGUAUAUCUGUCCAUCACCUCUUUCUUGCUUGGUGUAACAGGAUGAGGUUGGGGCUCCAGGGCUGGUGGUCGGUGUGUCUGUGGAUGGCUCUCAAGUCUGGUGCGAAGGUUGGUGCCAUGCAGUACCUUUUAUGUUCACUGUAGUAGACAAUACACUUUCUCCUCAUAUGUUCACAAAGUAAUCCAAUGCAUAAUGCUGCUGUGUCAAACAGGCUCCUAACUAACUGACGUCCAUGUUGCAGGACUUGGCUAUGCUGACUUGGAGAACCGUGUGCCCUGUGGACCAGAGACGGUGCUGAGGAUCGCCAGCGUCAGUAAACCCCUAACUACAGCAGCAGCAGCCCGCCUGUGGGAGGAAGGGAAGCUGGACCUCGAUGCCCCUGUCCAGAAAUAUGUCCCUGAGUUCCCCCAAAAACAGUUUGAUGGAGAAGAUGUAAGUUGAGUUUCUGAGAAGUUGGAAUAAAGAUGCAUUCCAAACGAGCAUGAUCCUCUCACCUCAAGUACUAUUUAACCUACAUUUUUCACAAUUUUUGGUUUUGUGUUGUUCUUGAGGGUGUUUUUUUCUCUUUGACAUAUAGGUGAUAAUAACUCCACGGCUGAUUCUCUCUCACCUGAGUGGCAUACGGCAUUACGAAAAGGAUGCCAAGAAAGUGAGGGAGGACAGGGUGAAGGCCAAACAACCUUUAAAACUGCCUGGUAAAGAGGAAAAGAGCUUGUCUGAAAACAAAGAGAACCCCAAGACAGAGGACAGCAGCACCAGGAGCAAGGAAAACAAACAGACUCAGAAGAAAAAGGAGUUUGAGCAAGAAGAGUACUACCUGAAAGACAGCUUUGAAAGUGUAAUUCACUCCUUGGACCUGUUCAAAGACGACACUCUCGUUUUCAAACCUGGUAGGAGCUAUGGAAGAGUUAUCCCUGUCAAUCAAAUGAAUCCUAUGUGUAUUCAAAUGAAUUGACAUGAAAGUAAACUAGUGGUUUGUCAUCUGCAGGCACCACCUUCCUGUACUCGACCCACGCCUUCACCCUCCUCAGUGCCGUGGUGGAGAGAGCUGCAGGCCAGCGCUUCCUGGAUCACAUGAUGAAGAUGUUCAGGGAACUGGGCAUGCUCAACACUGUGCCAGAUGAGAAUGACCCCAUUAUCUAUAACCGCUCAAGGUAAUGAGUGACCAAUCUCCAUUUUGCUUCACUGCAUAUCAGUGGUCGAUUGGUCUAAGAUCAGCUUGGUUAUUGUGUUCUGUUUUUAAAACAAACUAUUUUUUGUUGUUGCAGGUUUUAUCAUUUCAGUAAGAAAGGACACAUAGUAAACUGCCCUUACGUGGAUAACUCCUAUAAGUGGGCAGGAGGUGGCUUUCUCUCCACUGUGGGAGACCUGCUCCUGUUUGGGAAUGCUCUGCUCUACAGCUACCAAGUGGCCUACCUGAAGGACGGCACAGACCUCCUGCCUGGCUUCCUCAAACCAGAGACAGCCCAGGCUCUGUGGGCCCCUGUGGACAAGACAGAGGCCUCCUGGGAUAAGGAUGGGCUGUAUGCACAGGGCUGGCUGGUGGUGGAAAAGGAGCAGAAGUAUGGCCAGUGCAGAAGCCGCAGGCAUUAUGUCUCACACACAGGGGGCGCCGUGGGGGCCAGCAGUGUCCUGCUGGUGUUACCCAGCGAGACAGCCCAGCAGCCCGAAGGAUUGACUACAGCCCUACCUCAGGGAAUAGUGGUGACCAUCAUCACUAACAUGCAGUCUGUGGGACUCAACAGCACAGCACUGAAGAUCGCCCAAGAGUUUGACAAAGCCAGAGGCUAAUGAGAGUUUAUAUUGUUUACAAAUAUAGAAGGUUAAAACUACCACAAAGUAUCAAUGCACUGCAAUAUCUUUUCCAAUGGCAGUGGAUGAAUGAUUUAUCAAAAGCACUCAUUUUUAUAUUUGAAUUUGAUACUGCUUUUUAUACAUUUCGGCCUGUUUUGUUCAGUAAUAAAAGACAAUGUUCUACA